AUGAGUGCAGCAGCCACGCUAGGUAUGCUAUCGCAGGAGAAGGUAGUAGCAGCAGCAACAUCGGCAGCAAUAGCUGCAACAGCUGCCGGAGCAGUAGCAGCAGUAGUAGCAGUAGCCUUCAUUAGAGGUCACAGCAGUAGCAACCAGCGCAGCAGCAUCAACAAUAGCAGCCGCACAGUUGGCAAAGUAGUAGCAGUAGCAGCAGUAGUAGUAGCCGGCACAGCAGCCACGCCAGGUAUGCUAUUGUGGGAGAGGGCACCAGCAGCCACAGUAAAUGGCAGAGCAGGAGCUGCAACAACCAAGGAAGCAGCCGAUGCAGCAGCCAUGCCAGGUAUGCUGUCGCAGGAGAGGGCAACAACAAUAGUAGCAUCAGCAGUAGCUGCCGCAGCAGGAGCAGCAGUAGCAACAACCCUCGUAUUUAUGCUGAACACGAAGCUAGCUCAAGCCGAGAGUAUGACUUACGACAUUGUGAGGGAUUUACUAGAAGUCAAGCACAACAUUGCAAGCUUCGCAGAAAGUAGAUAUUCUUUAGUGAGUGCAAGCGAGGCAGCAGCAGCCAGCACAACAGUGGCAGCAACAGCAUCGGCAGGAGCAGUUGCACGGCUGGCAAAGCAGGAGCAACAACAGUAG